AUGGUUAGUAAGAGAGAAAAAGGUGAUGUAGCAAAUAAGAGAGAAAACAAUGAGGUGUCUAGUAGAGAGAAAAAUAAGCUGCGGAGAGCGGUAGUCGAGAGAAAAGAGAUGAUUUUGUUGAUCUAUAAAGAAUCACACCUCAAACUUGAAGAAUCUCACUCACCCCUCUCUAGUUUAGCUAAAUCUUUGUUGCAGAAAUUUGAAGAAGUGUUUUUGGAGGACUUGACAAGUAGAUUGCCACCCAUUCGAGGCAUUGAGCAGCAAAUUGACUUCAUACUAGAGUUGUCAUUCCAAACUGACCAACUUAUCGAAGACUUUAGCAUGAUCACCACAACACUCACUGAGGUAGUUAAGAAAAGCAUAGGAUUUCAUUGGGGAGAAGAACAAGAGCAUGCAUUUAAUGCCAUUAAGGAUAGACUAUGUAAAGCACAUGUAUUAGUGCUUCUUAACUUUGAUAAAACGUUCAAGAUUGAGUGUAAUGCAUUAGGAAUAGGGAUUGGAGCAGUUUGGAUGCAGGAGAGGAAGUCUAUAGCCUACUUCAUUGAAAAGCUGAGUGGAGCUGCUCUCAACUACCUUAUAUAUGACAAAGAAUUGUACUCACUCAUUCGAGCCUUGGAAACAUGGCAUAUUAUCUGUGGCCUAAGGAAUUCAUGA